AUGACGGCGGAGAUGGGGGGCGGAGGUGGUGGUGGUGGGCCUCCGGUGAGUUCACGGUGGAAUCCGACAAAAGAGCAAAUAAGCAUAUUGGAGAAUUUAUAUAGACAAGGAGUGAGAACGCCGAGUGCUGAUCAAAUACAACAAAUAACGGUUAGGCUUAAGGAUUAUGGUCAUAUCGAAGUGGUUUGCAGCCCAUACUACGUACAUCAAAACGAAGUCGGACUGUAUCCACCAUACCAAAACAAUUCAAUGGUGAUUCAAAGCAGUGGGAUUGUGAAGAAAAGAUCAAAAAGUGAGAGAAGAAAUUGUAUUAUUAAUAUCAAUGAGGAAUCAACUAUCAAUAAUAAUAACCUUAGCUAUCAAACUACUGAAACUCUCUCCCUCUUUCCCACGCACCCAACUGGGGAUUUACAAGCCGGCCCACAGUCGCCACCGCCACCGACACUGACGACGGUGUCCGCUUCGGCCUCUGAUGGAAUCUCUGACGACGAUUCUGCUGGUGGCCGUCAACCUUACUUUGAAUUUUUUAUGUAG